UUCCGGUGCGCCUGAUUGCCGGGGAGCGAUGCCUCUCGACAGCCGCGCGAACGAUCGUGCGCGCCUGUCAUUAGCCAACGGCGGCGGUCCCUCGAGUUCAUUCCAAAGCUAUUACAUUGGCGCGCGGCUCGACAGAUCCGCGGCGUGCGGGGCAUAUAUGUUGCGAUUUUUCCUCGAGUUCAUUCAUUCGUUAUACCUAUGUAUACAUCAGUAUAACCUCUCAGAGCUGAAGAGCGACGAUGUCUCAUCUCCGAAUGUCCACGCUCGACGACGGGAAUAACGGCGAGAAGCGAGUUCCACGCAGGUUCAGCAGGAGAGUCGUCGACGUCCUGCUGCUCAACGUCUACGCGAGCGAGAGUCACCUGUGCGACGCUGAUAAACUGCAGCUUUCUGCGGAGAGCGUGAACAGAGCUUUCGCGAGCUUGAGGAAAGUCUUUUCCAAAUCCGAAAGCUCGACCGCGUUUUCGCUGGACGAUGAGUGCGCGUCGGAGUCGCCGGUGCAGGCCGUCGUCGAGAUUAAAACGUCGCGUUCGGCUCUGCUGUCCAAGUACCUCGAGGACUACCGGCUGAUGAGCGAAAAUUCACUGUGCAAAAGGAUGAUGAAGAUCGCACGCAUCCGGCCUAUAAUAUUCGCCGCGGGUCAAAGUUGGCCAAUCGCUCGGGACGCGUCGGAGAGCCCGCACGGAUCGGAUUUCGAAGAAAUAACCGACUUGCUUGAGAAAUUGAAGGUCUACCUGUCGCGCCGAUGCCGGAGGCUGGAGAUGCGACCCGGAGGGCAGAGCUCGAUCAGCACGCAAACCUCGUCGCCCAGCCCCUGCGACAAGGGGAUUCAGUGCUCGAAGAGAACCGAGUUCCUCAAAGUCUCCCCGAAUCUGAAGUUCUUCUCGCGGUCGUCUCUCGUGAUGAACGUCGAGUCCGAGGAGAAGUGCUCGGCGGAGAAGCAAAGGCGGAACUCGUCGACGUCCCUCGAGUACGUGGCCAGCUACAGGCCGGAGUUUCCCCGGAGGCUGCGGAGCUUCUCUUCCUCGGCGAUAUCCGGACCGCGAGCUUCGCCCCAGAGGACGAGAGCUUCCAGACGACGAGUCUCGGAUCGACUGAAGGACAGCAUCAGACAGACGGCGAACGAGUUCCUGCGCUACUCGAACUUCGUCGAGGACGACCUGGUCUCGAUUCGCCGGCACAGGAACAAGUCCCGCCACGACGACGUGCUCGCCAUGAAGAAGGUCUUGCUGGAGGACUACAUAACCGAGGUGAAGGAGAUCAUCCACUCGGAGUCGCGCAGAGUCGAGGAGGAGCGGGAGGCUCGGAUCCUCGAGAGCGUCAAGAGCCGCAUGGACCGGGACCUUCCGACGACGCGGAGAGACAGCUGGUGCUCGCUAGAGGACAACCGUCGCCGGCGCGGACUGUCCCCGUGCACCUCCUACGAGUCGGCUCGCUGCUGCCUCGGCGAGGGCGACCGACUGCUGAGCUGCGAGGCUCUGGUGCUGUGCGCCGGCUGCAGCCUCAGGGCGAGGAAGAGGAUCGCGAGGGUCAACAGCUGCGCCUCGUGUGGGGAGGAGAAAGUCACGAAAUCCAGUCGCUCGGUCGACUCGGGCGUCCAGCUGGACUGUCCCUCGUCGGGGGACACAGGACGGGAGGACGACACCAAGGCGGAAAACAACGACGAGCUUCUCUGCCAGAGGGUGGAAAACGCCGUGAGGAAGUUCACCGAGGAGCUGAUUCUCUGCGAGAGACGGGCGCGCCAUCGAUCGAGGUCCGCGCGCAGGGGACUGCUGCUGCGACACAGGCGCAGGUCGCGCACAGCAUCGCCGACGACGACGACGCCGGAUCAAAGCAGCAGCGCCGGCCUCAAUUACCCGAGGAAUUCGAGCGACGACGAGGAGGAGAACAUCACCGGGAUAUCCACGCCGUCCCUCAUCUCACUGUCGGACAGAUCGGACUCGGAGGAGCUACCUUCUUGAUUUAAUUGUUAAUUUCGUUACAUAUAAAUUGUGUUUUGCUGUGUUUCAAAUUAA